AUGGGUGCCGGUAUUACAGACGAACACGGUUUUCUAGCAUUUCUUCAAAGGACCUCUAAGGUCACUAAACUUUUCAAACAGUCUAUCGGUCCAAUAGAGCUCGCUCCUCCUGUCACCCUUCCAAAACUAGACUUGGAGCUGCCCAUUCCAGACCAUGUGAAGGCGGAACUGGACAAUCCUUGCACCCCCAUUGCACUUCGAAAUGCAUUGGAUUCCGCCAUCUCAGACCUGCGUGCUGAAUAUCAAUGUGUCUUCGACAAGGCGUAUCAACGCUCUUCACUGGCGCCGGUUCCUCAGCAAGCCGCAAUGCAACGCUUUGUGACUUUGAUACAGCAUCGUUUCACAACCCAAGCGCUCCCCGGAUUAAUGCGACACCACCUUAAAGAAGCUUUGGCUUCUACCGUCUCCGCUUUUGACGAGAACCGUCCGACACCCAAAUUCAACAAUGCGUACAUCCCAUACCUUAAAGCAUACUUCAACUACAAUGCAUACCCAUCGCCGCAGGACCGAGAAGUAAUGGCUGCAAAAUCGAUGAUGACAUCGCGGCAAAUUGAAGUCUGGUUCCAGAACCACCGGCGGGUGGAGAAGAAAGCGGGACGACCGUGCGUCAAGCGGAAAGCGACUGAUGCUGGGCCGUCGCAAUCGCAGAUUGACAAGAUUGAGCAGGAAAUGGGAGUGUUUGGGGUGCCAAAGGAGGAGAGGCAGGAGGAGCGGGAGCGGUUGAGGUAUAUACGCCAGGAGAAGGAGAAGGGUUUCCGGACAUUAUCUGCACCGCGGUACCCCCGUGACCCCGCUCCCAUCGACGUCCUCGCGCUCGCAUCUAGAGAAAAGAUACCCAGUGCUGGACCCACACGUUUUCGCACCGGCAUCGUGCCGACAGUCUACUUUCCCCCGCCGACGUGGACGCGUCGGCCCGCGACGCAACCGCUUCCACACCACGCCCACUGCCCCAACUUUGCAGAGCUGACGGAACGGUUCGCCUUGAUCCUGCGGAUCCACAGCGACAUUGCGCGCGUGUCAGAGGCAUCUGUACCGCCUGCUGCGACGUGCGCGACCACGACGCGACUGGAGCGGGGGUACCAUCCUGCGUUGUUAAACACGCCGGAGAAGAGGAGGAGACGGGUACCGAAUAGACCUCGACCGUAUCCAUCACGCACGCGGUCGCCGUCGUUACACCGACAGGUGUCGUGGUCAAGUGGGUCUUCGGGGUCGGAAGAGUCGCUGCCUGCGACACCGCAGAACAUGACUGUCGAGCUGGAGCCGGAGCCGUUUGAUGAAUUGUUUGAUGAGCCGGUGCAAGAGGUGGUGCUGUUGGAUAUCCAGGGAUUCGUGUAUGCUGAUUACCCAGCACCUGUUAUUGCGGUUGGAGGGAAGAAAAAGUCGUAUUACUGA